CUUUGCAAUGACCUCGAGGUGGAAGCCCGAGAAUGCGGCAUCGAUCGCAUGGAUCGGCUUGUUCUUGCCCGGGCUCUGCUGUUACCUGCACUUUCUGCUGCAGCAUCUCAACCAGUACCCUGAGGUUGCGGGCAGCAGCAUCAAGCGGCUUGUUCCGGAGCAGCUCGAUGACAUCAUUCCCCGGGGAGCAACGGUGGAGGUAGUCGCCGAUGGGUUUGGUUUCACGGAGGGCACGCAGUGGGUUCACGACACCGAGGCGGACAGGCAAUACCUUCUCUUCUCCGACGUAGCCAACAACAGGAUAUGGAAGUGGGAGGAAGGGGGCGGGCUGUUCACGCUAGGCAAGUCUCUCUUCCUGGACCGCAGCGGCUGCCGCGGAGACCACUGUUCGUCGAUGGAGAUGUCAGGCUCGAACGGCCUCAUGCUGGUGCCCCGGUCUGGGGAGGUGGUGAUGUGCGAGCACGGCGACCGGAGGGUGACGAGGAUGGAGAACAACGGGACCAAGACACCGCUGGCUACCCACUUCAACGGGCACCGCCUGAACAGCCCCAACGACCUCGCCCUCUCGAAGCGCGGGGACAUCUAUUUCACGGAUCCCCCGUACGGGCUGCCUUUUCGGCAAAAGGACCCCGGUUUCGCCGCCCACGGUUUCGGUGGGGUGUACCGGGUCCGCAGGGAGGCGAUCGAGGCUGCGAAAGCGGGGGAGGCGGGAGCGAGGGAGGCGGCGGGGGCCGAGCCGGAGCUCAUGGAGAAAGAGUUCACUUGGCCUAACGGGCUGGCGUUCUCCCCUGACUUCUCGAAGCUGUACCUGGCUGUGUCUUCGCCUGACCGCCCGGCGUGGCACGUGUACGACGUCGAGGAGGACGGAGAGCUGGCCAAUCGGAGGUUGUUCCUGGAUGCGCGGCCGAUGAAGGAGGCUUACGGCGUGGGGGUACCGGACGGGAUGAAGGUCGACGAAAGAGGGAACGUUUUCGCCGCAGCACCCGGGGGCGUUGCAGUAGUGUCCCCGGGGGGCCAGCACCUGGGAAUGGUCUUGACGGGAGGGGUGUUCGUGGCGAACGUCGCCCUGGCGGACGACGGGUACCUGUACAUGGCCGCCUCGGAGAGAGUGUUUAGGGUCAAGAUUCUCACCAAAGCGGCACCCGCUCCGCCCUCAAUGGACUAG